CUCGGUCUCCUUGUGCCUUUGGCCUGCGUCAACCGCUUUGCACCCGCCGUGACGCCGGCGCUUGCAGGAAACACCUCGCCGCGGUCCUCGAGUUGGUUUCGCGGUUAUACGUCAAGACCAUGCCGCUGCCCCUGUGGCGUCUUUGUCGGGUGGCAGUUGGAGGAAGAGCCGCCGCGGCACGAAGGCGCCUCGUCGAAGACCGAUAGCGAAUCUGGUCUUCAGACAUCAUCAACAGGAAACGCAAGGUCCAAUCUGUGGGAACAGGUUUCGCGUCCAUUGGUAUUUCGGACGACAGGCGAGGAAAGCUAUGCGCUUCUCAGCAGCGGUGUGGGACCGUCGAAGAAGUAUGGAGAAGCCGAAUGCCGCAUGUAUGCAGCUGGUAGUUUUCCGAAUGCGCCUAUUGGCACGAAAGUUGUCGCGGGGUCGUGGUCAGGAACAACUCCUGCCUCCUUGGCGUUGACGCAAUCCAUACUGCAGUCUGUUGCGGUGGAGCGUAGCGAGCAGCGAACAUUGUCUAAUGUUGCCGAAACAUCCUCUAGUGCUGAUCCUUUAUCUUUGCAGACGAAGUCGAAGGCGCUACCUGCAAGCAACGCAGCUGCGGCGUUUCCUUGCAGUCUGGGGCAAGCGCGGCAAGGCACAGCGGCACAGCAGAUCCUGAAACAGGCACCGCAGGUCACGAGUGGUGGAGUCACGGAAUCAACAACGGAAAACCGAAAAAACGAAGCUACGCUCGCAAAUCAAGAUGCGGCAGACGCUGUCAAUGUGAUGGAGAGUGGCAACGUUUUGCAGUACGCAGGCCGCAGUGCGGACAAAUUGCCCCCCUCCAGUGCUAAACGACCCAUGCGGCGGCCCCCGCCGCUGUUGCUCCAUGCUGACAGCGGAGAAGAGCAGUCGCCGAGCUCCGUUGGUGCAAGUGCGCCAGCCGAUAUGGAUACAACCUCC